ACAUCCGGACAAGAAAGCGGAAGCGAAGAAGACGACAUUCACGCAAAACGCCUGCUUGACGUAGUUUAAUUUGAUUUUUAAAAAAUCAUUAAACAUGUUGAAAGGCUGGGUGAAUGAGCGACUAAUGGCCGCAGCUGAUGAAAUAGUGGCGCGGUUUGAACGAACGAUAGCGUCGUACGAGAGGGAACUUUCUCGAACAAGAGAGAAGGAGCGACUUCGUGAUCCGCAAGACCGUCAAAUUGUGCUAAACAUUGAAGACGUCCGGCAGCUGCCUGAUCAUCAAGAAAAAUAUCCCCCUCAACUGCAGGGACAGAUUUCUAGUUUCCAUGGAGAGGUUCCACAGCCCACCCUGUUUAAAGAAGAAGAGGUGGAAGAGUGUCAUCUUCGCCUGGAGGAGGCUGAUCUCACCAAGUUCCCACUGACUGUUGUCUCUGUGAAGACUGAAGACCAUGAAGAGAAACCACCUGAGUCCUCAGAGCUUCAUUAUAAUCCAAGUGGGGAGAAUAGAGAGGUGCAGCCUCCAAGCAGACGCUCAACACGACACAUGACAACAGAUGUUGGUGGAGGAUCUCAAGCAGACAACCUCUUAGCUCCACUAUCAGAUGGUGAUAAUACAACGUCACACUCUCCUGAGAAUGAAGACUGGGAAGACGCGCAAGAACCUUUGAGCAGCCAUACAGGCUGUGGAGACCUUUUUUCUGGCCACCCCUUGCUCGGCACGCUGCAUCAACCAGUGGGGCAAAGCACACCUUACCCAAACAAACAAUGCAAUCAAGAGGAGAUGGUUUACGUCCUGCUGAAGGAAGAUGACGAUGCUGGUGCUAAUGAUUUUCUGCUUACAAAACCACAGAUGUUAAAGGUCUCUGAAUUCAAUGUUGUCAGCAAGAGAAUCUUAUGUGCUGGCAUAGAUUCUGCACCAAACUCUUCUGCUGGAAUUUACACAGAAGGUGAUCGCAGUCAGACUCAGUCAGUAAACACACUUGCAACAAUAAGUUAUAACAUGGAAGUGGCAUCCGAUGCUGAUCAAAUGUUGUCAGAAUUUGGGAUGAAAGGCUACGCGAGUCCCACAACCUUCACAGAACAGUUGGCAGCGCCAGAGGUUCCAACUCCGCAAUUGUUAUUAGGUGUAACGCAAGGAAAUAACAAAGCAUAUGUCGCUGUGCAGCAGUACAGCAGUGUCCCCCUUCCAGAAGAACAGCCAGAGGAGCCAUCACUGCUGAGAAAACAACUGGAUGAGGGACGGUAUAAAUUUGGCUUGACUACAGAGAAGACCAUUGUCAAAAUUGAAGGGGAAGUAAACAAAAACAGAAAAGAAAGAAAACAGUCCGGUAAAAAAGUUGAAUCCCUGCAAAAUACUAAGAAAAAAACAAGUGGUUUACCAUCCAAUAAUGAUGCGGAACAUGAGGUGGACACAUCUUCGCAUGGAAUCUCAAAAGUGUGUCUAAGGUCAAGUACGUCUCAACAUACGACCACAAAAAGUACAGUCCCACCUGGGAGUCGUGGGAAGUCUAUCUCCACUCAAGAAAAACCUAGCUCAAAAAAAACAAAUUGCCCACAGCAGGAUCGGUCUGGCAAUAACAAGACUGAAUCUUUAAGGACGAGAUUGACUGGAGAUGCUGAUAAUUCCAACAAGCCCAUAUCUGAAAAGCCUUGCAGGGAAUCUCUCGGAAGUACCAACUUUUCUGGAGAAGAGCAGUCUUCUAAACAGUUUACAAGACAAUCCAAUUCAUUGUCUGGCAAUACCGGUCUCCCGAGUUCUCCUCGGGCCGACUUGACUAAACACGGCCUCAGUUCAAGUGAAACCGGAGAAACGAUUGCUAAAAGAACCAGACUGAAUAAAAGCGGUGGUAUUUCAGCACCAAUGAAAUUACAGAUGGUCCGGAAAUUAGCUAAAGCAGCAAAAGCCAAGACGGUUGCAGAACUAAACAAAUCCAAGCAAACCAAAUUAAAAAACACGGAUAGAGGGACCAAGCAUGAUUCCAUCGAUGAGACUGGAAAGAAAUGUAUAUCUCAAGCUGUUUGGACUGUUCCAGCCAGGAAAACUACCUCAUUACGGUCCCCAAGAUCUCAGAGUCAAGCUGACGCUACUCCCCCAAGUCUUUCUGUCAAAACACCGCCUAUCGUACCACCACCGGAGCCUCCAUCCGUCAUUGGAGAUCGCCUGCUCAAGAACCAGUGCGGGCAAUGUGGUCGUGUUCUCAGCAGCUCUGCUGGCCUCGAGAGCCACAUGAACCUUCAUACAGGUCACAGACCAUUCUCUUGCACUCUCUGUAGGAAGAGCUUUACAGACGCCGGCGGUCUGAAACGGCACGGCAGAGUGCACAGCAAUGGUCGGAGCCAUGUCUGCCAGCAAUGCGGGAAGGGUUUCGUCUACAAGUAUGGUCUCACCAAACAUGUCCAGGUGGUACACACCAAAAUUAAAUCAUUUGUCUGUCAGGUCUGCAACAAGGCAUUCUUCACAAAGUUAGAUGUGGACGCCCACGUACGUAUCCACACGGGGGAGAAACCAUUCCACUGCCACUUAUGUGAAAAAAAGUUUGUCAAGAAGGUAGAGCUAAACUUGCAUCUGAGGUGGCACAAUGGAGAGAAAAGACAUUGGUGUCCAUUUUGUGGGAAAGGAUUUUUUGACUACAAUAACUGGAAAAGGCACAAAUAUAUCCACACGGGAGAGAAACCAAAGUCUUGUCCACACUGCCCCCAACACUUUACACAGUCAGGCCACUUAAAAAAGCAUGUCAGAAAUGUACAUAAGAUUCAAUAGGAAGGUAUGUUCUACCCUGCGGUUAAGUGGCGACUUGUCCAGGGUGUACCCUGCCUGAGAUAGGGUUUAGCAACCCCGAAAGGGACAAGCGGUAGAAAAUGGAUGGUUGAAUGGGCAUAUUUGACCUUUUUUCCAUUUAGAAUGUGUUUAUGACACAAAACUAAAGGCUUAGUUGGCCACAUGAGUGGACAGCACCUUUUAGCUCUUAUUUCCAAAAUUGUGUAUACUACUGAAUUGGGGUCUUAUGGCCGCUUAUGUAGACAUUUAUACUGCCAUCUGGUGGUGUCAGAAGAGUUUAACAUAAUGGAAUUUGGAAAAAAAAAGUGAAAAAAUAAGGAUUAACAUGUCUGAUCUGUUUUGGCCCUGUGAUGAGGUGGUGACUUGUCCAGGGUGUACUGCGCCUUCCGCCGAAUGCAGCUGAGAUAGGCUCCAGCACCCCCCGCUACCCCAAAAACGACAAGCGGUAAAAAAUGGAUGGAUGGAUGUCACUAAACAUGAAGCACACUAUUGUGUACUUAUGGACCAAGUACAUCAUAUCAAAUAAUGAUUCUUAGUUUUUAUUCUAAUUACGGUCCAAUAAGUCCACAUAGCAAAGAAAAAAGAAAAAAAUCAUGUAAACAAACAGCUUGGGCCUUAAGUGAAAUACUUUAUUUAGAUUUAUAAAGAAGUUGUUUUAAAAAAGGAAUAACGUAUUGUUUUGGGUUAUUAUUAUUAUGUUUUUUUGAUAAACUGCACUAAUUUUUGGGCUAAUUUUUGGCUUAUUACUAAUUUUGCUGGUGCUGAAUUCUGCUGCGCCUCUGGGGUUCCACAGGGUUCAAUUUUAUUACACCUCCCUCAACCCAACUACUACUCUUAUGACUUUGUGACAUCAAAGCAUGGAAGAUAAUUUAAAUUUUUUUUUAAUUUUUUUUACUUUUAAUGGCGGGUCCUGUGAGUCUCCCUCCAUUGCCUCAGGAUUCGUAAUUGUAUCCGAGCCCAAAAACGGCAUUCAGGGAGAAAGGUGAAGCAGAGCAAAAAUAACCCACAAUAUUAAAAAAAUAUAUAUAUACUUCGGUCCUUUGAAUUGUUAUAAAUGUAUUUUUUUAUGCCUCCAAUUUGUAUUUUUAUUUUCUUGAGUUCAAAACCGCUGAAUUGAACUUUACUUAUUAAAAUACUGGACAAACACCUGACAUGAGUUAUUGGAUGGCUCCUACAUUAUAUUUGCCGAAACAUUUACGAAACACUGACUUUUUACAGCAUUUGUAAUUUAUUUUGCCUAAGAGCGACAAAGUUAUUGUUAAUCUAACACUUCAUAACUGCAGAUGUCAAUAAGGUGCGUAGUGUCCCUUCCUCACAAGCAAAGCUUCAUGACAGAGGAUAAAUAUUUCCUAGUUUUAUUUAAAAAAAAUUUAAGUAUUUUAAACCUAACACAAAUUGUGAAAGUGAACUAUUAUAUGUAUUGUAUUGCUCUCCUCUUAAUGAAACCCAUCCAUCCACCCUGGACAAGUCGCCACCUCAUCGUCGGGCUCUUACUGAAACCCUAUACAUACAAUUAUAAGACCACAACUUAGUUUAAAACAUUUCAAUCAUGAACUUCACUGGAUAUGGGAUAAUAAUAUAUGUUGGACUAUACUCAAAAUGUGUAUUUGCCCAUCUCAGGCAAAUAGUGAUCUCAGGCAAAUAGUGUUAAUUACAAGAUUUGUAAUUUAAAGAUGGGUGCAUUAUUUUUUCCUAAGCCCUGUUACCAGUGAGACAUCUAAAUUGCAUAUUUUAAGUUUUUUGUUUCCUCCUCCAGCAAAUGUGAAAAGGGGUUUGCUGACAAAUGAAUGCAAUGUAUAUUUUUGACAACAACAAAAAAAACAUGUAUAUAAACACAUGUACUAAAAAAAAAAAAAUAUAUAUAUAUAUAUAUAUAAUAUGUUUUUCCAUUUUUAUAUAAAGAGAACAAUCCAAAAUGUAACUAAAUGUUUUCAUUAAAGUUGAUAUUUACAUGAUGGACCAAAAAUAA